CCACUCAGGCAGCAGCGUUCCUGAUUGGCUAGGAGUUUCAGGGCCGUACUUUGAACAGUUUGACAUUUCCCCGUAAUAAUAGUUCGGAGUGGUACCUGCUAACACGCCCAGCACCCUGUCACAAACAGAAAAAUGGCAGAUCCUCGUGGUGACGGUGAUGCACAGAGUGCAGAGGACCAAGUAGACGCUUUCAAGAUUUUCAAGAGUUCCAGAUCACGUCAUGCUGAGGAAAUGGACUCUGGACCCAUCAGCAAGAGUAAAGCAGCGGAUUCUGACCCUUACCGCUACAGGAUGGACUACCCCAGCCUCGGAACCUGUCUCAUUAUCAACAAUAAGAACUUCCACCCGAGCACAAAUAUGAAUUACCGAAACGGGACGGAUGUUGAUGCUGCCGCUGCCGCGAAGGUCUUCUCAAAUCUGGGUUACAAGGUCAAAUUCUUCAAUGAUCAGACUGUGCGACAGAUGAAACAACUGAUGUUAAGUGUGUCCCAGGAGGACCACAGUGACAGAGCAUCAUUUGUAUGUGUGUUGCUAAGUCAUGGAGACGAAGGGGUCAUAUACGGAACUGACGGCCUUGAAAAGUUCGAAAACCUGACACAGUACUUUAAAGGAGAUCACUGCCAGAGUCUGGUGGGAAAACCGAAACUCUUCUUCAUACAGGCGUGCCGUGGCACAGCUCUGGAUGAUGGAAUCGAGUGUGAUGCUGUGACUGUGACAUCAGAGACAACAGAGAGGAUUCCUCUGCAGGCAGAUUUCCUGUAUGCUUAUUCCACUGCUCCAGGCUACUACUCAUGGAGAAACACAGCAAGCGGCUCCUGGUUCAUGCAGUCACUGUGUGAGAUGUUGGAGCGUCACCACGGAGAGCUGGAGCUGAUGCAGAUCCUGACCCGAGUCAACCGCAAGGUGGCGCUAGACUUUGAGUCUGCUUCCAACCUGCCUGGAUUUAGUGCCAAGAAGCAGAUCCCCUGCAUCGUCUCAAUGCUGACCAAAGACUUUUACUUUCCCAAAUAAAGAUUUAAGGUUCAGACUUCUUUUACCUACAAAAAACUACCUGAGCCUGAUCAGUUUUCUUAUGAUGUGGUUUUAGUGCUGGGGCUAUCGGGAAAACCUGAAACAAUUUCAGUGAAUGUGGAAAUGUGGAAACCUUACUGCAUGUGGAAUAACUACAUAAACAUAAUACUGUGUAUUUACAACAUAAACAGCUAGUUUACCAUAUACAAUUUGUCUUUAAAUGCAAUAAAUGCACAAGCGCAAAUAGC